GCGAGGGGGGUCGGCGGGGCCCCGCGGUUGCCUUCCGGGCCAGUCCCGUGCGAGACUCGGGCCGGCCGCGUUGCAGAGGCAGGUUUCUUGAGUGGCUGCCAGCAGAACCUGGUUGGACCUUUCUCACAUCAACCAAAUUGGGGCAGAAAGUCAGAAGAGACAAAGAAUUGAAAGUGAAGGGAGGAAGCAGAGCUGGACCAAAGUCACUCUGGACUUGGGGAGCUGAAAUGGCCUCAAAGGAGGAAGAAGAAGACUUGGCGAGCCCUUUGGAUCAACAGGAUUAUUUUCCAGUGGAACGGAAGGAGGAGGAAACAGAAGUACAGAGUCUGGCAAGUUCUGGAGAUGUUUCCAAAGGAACUGGGAUGAGUAACCAUGUUGCCCUGGUGAAAAACGAAGAGAAAACAUUGCAUGAGAAAGAUGCCCCCGGGAUGGAGGAAACCUCUCCAUCCAAACCUGGGCACGCUCCGUUCCCAGCUCCCCAACGUUGGGAUGAUUUAUUUCUGACCUCCAUCGAAAAGGCGGUCAACACUCACCCAGGAAAAUGGAUGUCCCAGCUCAUCCCAGGCCUCAAAGAAGAAGGAGAGGCAUUUGAGAACAAGGAGAUUGGAGACUACGGGAAGGUGAAGGCAGCCAUCUUGCGGGUUGACGCGAUCAGUACGGAAGUCCAGCGACAGCAUUUCCGGCGGUUCUUAUACCGAGAGGCUGACGGGCCCCGGGAAGCCUGCAGUCGACUCUGGUUCCUGUGCCACCGGUGGCUGAAGCCGGAGAGGCACACCAAGGAGCAGAUCCUGGAGCUGCUGAUCCUGGAGCAAUUCUUGGCCAUCCUGCCUCCCGAGGUCCAGAGCUGGGUCAAAGAUGGCUGCCCUGAGACCUGUGCCCAGGCGGUGACUCUGGCUGAAGAUUUCCUCUUGAGCCAGCAAGAGGCUGAGAGACCCGCUCAGCAGGUGCCAGGGUUAUUUGAGGAGACAGGGGCGACCUCUCCAAAGGCCAGUGACCGAACCUUGUCAGACACUGAGCAGAGUCAACUGUGUUUGGAGAUUAAGCAGGAGCAGCCUCUGGAUGAUACUUCUUUAGACAAUCUGUGCAUGAGGGAAAACAAGGCUGGGAUUCCGCAGCUGGCAAAGAAGGAAUCUGAGUUACUCUGUGAGACCCCUGGGGGAGGCACUGCAGACGUCUUUCCCAUCUCAGAUGAGCAAGGAGCCAUCUCUGAAAGUCAGCAGAAGCCAGAAAAGGCCUUGAAAAAACUCCCAAGGAAGAGGGUUCAGAAAUCCAUUUCUUUGGUGGAAGAUUACAAUAAUCUCGCUGUCACCCCAACAGAAAAGAAAAACGUAGAUGAUGAGGCAGCUGUCAAGAUCAUCGUAUGCAAAGAAACCUUCAGCCGGGGUUCCGAUCAUGCCGGAGAGAAAAUCCACAAAUGUUUGGUAUGCGGAAAGUGCUUCAGCCUUCGUUCGCGCCUGAUCGUCCACGAGAGAACCCACACGGGUGAGAAACCUUACACCUGUUCGGAGUGCGGACGAAGCUUCAGUGUCAGCUCCAGUCUCAUUGCCCACCGGAGAACCCAUACAGGAGAGAAGCCCUACAAGUGUUCCCAUUGCGCAAAGAGUUUCAGCGUGAAGUCCGGGCUGAUCGCUCACGAGCGGACCCACACGGGAGAGAAACCCUACAAAUGUUUGUACUGCAGCAAAAGUUUCCGCCGCAAUUCGGGUCUCGUUAGCCACCAGAGAAUCCACACGGGAGAUAAGCCGUACCAGUGCUCGGUGUGUGAGAAAAGUUUCAGCGAUAUCUCCAACCUCAUUACCCAUCACCGGAUCCACACGGGAGAAAAGCCCUACAAGUGUUUAGAGUGUGGGAAAAGCUUCAGCCAGAGCUCAUACCUCAACAGCCACCAGAGAAUCCACACGGGAGAAAAGCCAUACGAGUGCUCCGAGUGCGGGAAGACCUUCAGCGUCAGCUCUCGGCUCCGGAAGCAUCAGAGGAGCCACACUGGCGAAAGACCUUUUGUCUGUUUGGACUGCGGGAAAACUUUCAGCGAGAGCUCAGAUCUUCUGGCCCACGAGAGGGCACACACGGGAGAGAAGCCCUAUCGCUGUUCGUUCUGCGGGAAGAGUUUUCUGCGCAGCUCCGAGGUAGUGAGCCACGAAAGAAUCCAUACGGGCGAAAAACCGUACCAGUGCGGGGAGUGUGGGAAAAGCUUUAGUGUCAGCUCACGCCUGAGUGCGCACCGGAGGAUUCACACGGGGGAGAAGCCAUUCCAGUGCAUGGUGUGCGAGAGAAGCUUCAGUUAUAAAUCCCACCUCAUUACUCACCAGAGAAUCCAUACGGGGGAGAAACCUUUCCAGUGCUCAGUCUGCGGGAAGAGUUUCCGCGGCAGUUCCAGUCUGGUGGCACAUGAGCGGACGCACACAGGAGAGAAGCCAUACCGGUGUCUGGACUGUGGGAAAAGCUUUACUCAGAGCUCAAACCUCAUUAGUCAUCAGCGAAUCCACGCUGAAGCGAAUUCCUGAGAUCCUCCUCAGAUGGACCUCUGUGGAUAAUCAGUGGGAUCUCCCUGUUCUGAAGGAGAUGUUGGUCCUUCGGUAUUUCACUGGCAGCUCCUCCUCUUUUCUAGAAGGGGCGUAUUUUCAACAAUUGUGCAAUAGCAAAGCGUUCCCUUUUCUUCUGUUCAGAGCAGAACACUGAUGUUACAACAAACCGGCAGGGAUUGUGUGUUCACCAAUCCGUCCAGACCAAACUGUGGGAGGUGGGGAGGCAGUUAAUAGUUGCUAAUGGUUUGGUGCCUGGAGAGUAGAUCAGAUGGGUAGAUGGUCACACCUUCUCUUCAGAAUCCAUCCUGGAUCUGCAUUGCAGGCUUUAUGUUUUAUUUUUCCAGAAAGAGAGAAUCUCUGCCCGGUGGGGAAUAGAAUGGAAAGGUUUACAAAGAAGGACUCCCAUUUUUUUUGAACUGAGAUCUGAUUGGUUCACUUUUUAGUUCCUGGAGAGUUUAUAAGAACUAGAUGAGGGAAUUCUACUGCUCAAAGGGGAUUCUACCUCACAGGAAGCAAAAUAACACACAAGCUAAUGUUUGAUCUCAAGGACCACCGCAUUCUCCAAGCAGAGAAAUGUUAAAAGGAGUGGGUGUACACAGAUUCAUAAUCUUAGACUUAAUAUCUAAAUUUCUAGAUUUAAUUACAGAAUUAUUUCGGGAGAGGGAUUUUGCCACCACUCCGCUAUUCCCCCCUCCCAGAAAAAUUAGGGGCUCUGAUUUUAGAAAAUUUAGAAAGAGCGAUCUGACUUGCUUACAGGCCUAUGUAUGGUUCCGGUUCUCAAGGGAAAAGGAGAAAGAGGAAGUGUGAGAAGCUUUGGGGGUAUUUCAAAAGAUGGUUUUCUGCUAACAAAGAGAUGGUUUCCAUAACACAGACCCAAAGGUUCAAGCUCUGCUUAAAUUUGACUGUGUCCCAUUGCAGGGACGGAGGCUAUUCUAUGACUGAGUGCAUUCACAUACAAUGUGAAUUGUAGUGUGAUGUGAAGAUGAUGUGAGAUACUCCCCCGUGGUAUGGUUCCCAGAAAAUUCUGCAAAUCUUGGGAAGCAGCCAUUUACAGACCUCCCCUGAUUCGUGUUUGGCUGAUUGUCACAUCCUGGUUUAUUUUUUAAUUGAUUGGAAAAGCCCAGCUGCAGAAUCACAGUGGCCCAGUUGGCCUAUUAGGGGAUGCUAAUCUGCAGAAGUGAUUCAGGUCCUCAUUUUGGAAGCCAGAAAGGAAAGCGAGGAUCAUACUUGAUCCUCCAUCCAGAUUCAGGCAAUAUGUGGGAGCGAGGUUCAAGGAGGAGUGUCUGCAGAGUAUGGUCAAAAAAGUCAAUGAUGGUGGCAACCAUUUUCUACGUGUGUUGGGUGCCAAUGUCGAGUCUCUCCAUGGAAGCCAUGGAGACUAAGCUGAAAGACACUCAGAACUUUUUUCCUGGAAUUGAACAGCAUAUAACCUGCAGAAGCAAAUAAAAUUAAAUAGCCUUAAUUGCAGUUUCAGACAUGUCCUGGGUGCUGGCUAGCAUGCCAGGCCCAUCAUAAUUUGGCUUAGUGUGAUGUGAAACAGUGAUCACAGAUUGGGUUCCCACAUCACACUCAACUGUGGAUUGUUUUUGCCAGUUUGUUGAACAAACCAAAAGUCAGCCUUGCAGAUGAGGAAAAUAAUCAUCAUAACUUGUUUAGCCAAUGCCUGGACAAUUUCCCUAUUCUGGCUGCUGUUGCUUGAUGACUCUUUGGAUGGGCCAGGCCUGAGUGAGAAACCAGGCAUCCCCGUUCACAUAUCUUACUAAAAAUCAGGCUUCAUGCAGGCUAAUUCUUGAACCAAAUUCUUGAAUUCCAGGACCAGCUCUUGAUAAAAUCAUGUUACUGCAGAUACUAGGAAAGUUGUAAUAUAGCAGAAAAGCAGCAGUUGCCAAUGAUAAGCCUCAUGCCGUAGAUACAAGUAUACAUAGCAGUCUCAGUGUGUCUGAAGGUGGUUUCUCUCUCUGCAGGCGGGGUAGAGCAAUUGACAUAUCAGCAUCAUUACUGUAAGGGAGCCGUCUGGUCUUAGGACUUUCCAUUCCACCUUGAUCCUUCUAGCCCUCACACGCUAAGCCACUGUUGCAAACAGGGGUGUCCACAGGAUGUGAAAAAAAGGCAAGAUGUUGCCUUUGAUUGCACUGUUGAGGCACCAUCUUGAUUUUUUGAACCAUAUCCUACAGACACCCCAGUUGCAACCUAGCUUCUGUGGUGUUAUAUUGUACAAUGAUCCAUGGUUUACUGGUAUAGGCUUUCACAGCUGGUAUCCUUUGAGCAAUGUUGGGGUUCAGUGACCAUGAUCUACAGAACAAAUUUCCAAUGUUUCACCAGCAAUCCCAGCUGGCAUCCUCAGAGGCAAGAUGUCCUCACAAGCAACUGAGCAGGGAUUGAUUGGGCUCUUGUCUUUAUAGCCAGGUAUCCUGGCUGCUGAUUGGUCUUUAGCUGAGCUGGCUUCUGAUCGGUGCAGGUUGGUGAGGGCUAGUCUCUGAUUGGCCCUCACUGACCUGCACCAAUUGGAAACCAGCUUGCUUAAGACCAAUCAGCAGUCAAGACCCCUGGCUAUAAAAACAGGAGCCCAGUUACUCCCUGCUCAGUUGUCUGUGGAGGAGAUCACCUUGUCUCUGAAGAUGCCAGCCAUAGUUGCCAUCAAAAUGUUAGAAAAUCUGUUCUCUAGACCAACUAAACCCUGAAACCCAACACUGCCCAAUCCAUGGUCUAGUUAAUGGUCAAAAAAGUCAAGAUGGUGGCCACAAGGGUGCAGUCAGAGAAUCAAUUCAAAGAAAGAAUAGCAGCUGGCAUGCCAUUAAAAUAAUUGGCAGUUCACAGCAUGGGUUUUCCUUCCAUUGUAAGCUUGGUGUGUUGGCAUACACAGUUGCAGAAGCUGGUCUUCUGCUUUUCUCUGAUGGGAGUCGCACAUCACGUUGAGCCAGAACAGGGGUUGGGUCAAUGACAGUGUAAUCAACAAAUCAUGAUGCAGCACAGUGCAAAGCUAGCCUCCAGAGUUUUUCCACUGAACAGUUCUGAUUCCAAUCAGUUCUUAGUGUUUUGGUAAAAAUAACGAAGUACAUUUUAAAUAUUCAGGCCAAGAAGCAAAUUUUAGGUAUUUUUUAAAAAAAACAGAUGAGGAGGAGAGUUUUGGUUAAGAAUAAAAUCCUUAUAGUUUCUAGAGCGGUGUUUCUCAACCUAGGCAGCUUGAAGACGUGUGGACUU